AUGGCUUUGGCCGGGCUCUGUGCCCUCCUCGCAGGCUGCUGCAUGGCGGCGGCGGGCAGCGGCCCCGCCGAGGCUGCUGCUGCGGCGGCGGCGGCGGCGGCGGACGCGGCGGCCAAGGAGCUGGAGUGUAAGCUGAAGAGCAUCACGGUGUCGGCGCUGCCCUUCCUGCGGGAGAACGACCUCAGCAUCAUGCACGGCCCCUCGGCCGCCGAGCCCAAGCUCCUCUUCUCUGUCCGCAACGAUUUCCCCGGCGAGAUGGUGGUGGUGGACGAUCUGGAGAAUACGGAGCUGCCUUACUUCGUGCUGGAGAUCUCAGGCAACACGGAUGACAUCCCACUGGUGCGCUGGCGGCAGCAGUGGCUGGAGAACGGCACCUUGCUCUUCCACAUCCACCACCAGGAUGGGGCACCCAACCUGCCCGGCUUUGACCCCACGGACGAGCCCCAGACCGAGUCGGCAGAGGAGGAGCUGAGGAUCCUCCACAUCUCUGUCAUGGGAGGGAUGAUCGCCCUGCUGCUCUCCAUCCUCUGCCUGGUGAUGAUCCUCUACACCCGCCGCAGGUGGUGCAAGCGGCGCCGGGUGCCGCAGCCCCAGAAGAGCGCCAGCGCCGAGGCAGCCAACGAGAUCCACUACAUCCCCUCGGUGCUGAUCGGGGGCCACGGGCGGGAGAGCCUGCGCAACGCCCGCGUCCAGGGCCACAACUCCAGCGGCACGCUCAGCAUCCGCGAGACCCCCAUCCUCGACGGCUACGAGUACGACAUCACCGACCUGCGCCACCACCUGCAGCGCGAGUGCAUGAACGGCGGCGAGGACUUCGCCAGCCAGGUCACCCGCACCCUGGACUCGCUGCAGGGCUGCAACGAGAAGGCCAGCAUGGACCUCACGCCAGGGAGUGACAAUGCCAAGCUGUCCCUGAUGAACAAGUACAAGGACAACAUCAUUGCCACCAGCCCUGUGGAUUCCAACCACCAGCAGGCCACCCUGCUGUCCCACACCUCCAGCAGCCAGCGCAAGCGCAUCAACAACAAAGCACGAGCUGGCUCAGCAUUUCUCAACCCUGAGGGGGACUCGGGGACAGAAGCAGACACUGAUCCCCAGCUGACUUUCUACACAGACCCUUCCCGGAGCCGCAGGCGCAGCCGAGUGGGGUCCCCUCGGAGCCCAGUGAACAAGACCACGCUGACCCUCAUCAGUGUGACAAGCUGUGUCAUCAGCCUGGUGUGCUCUUCCCACAUGAGCUGCCCCCUUGUUGUCAAGAUCACCCUCCACGUCCCCGAGCACCUCAUUGCUGAUGGGAGCCGGUUCAUCCUGCUGGAGGGGAGCCAGCUGGAUGCCAGCGACUGGCUCAACCCGGCGCAGGUCGUCCUCUUCUCCCAGCAAAACUCCAGCGGGCCCUGGGCCCUGGACCUCUGCGCCCGGCGCCUCCUGGAUCCCUGUGAGCAUCAGUGUGACCCUGAGACUGGUGAGUGCCUCUGCUACGAAGGCUACAUGAAGGACCCUGUGCAUAAGCACCUCUGCAUUCGGAACGAGUGGGGAACGAACCAGGGGCCUUGGCCAUACACCAUCUUCCAGCGUGGCUUUGACUUGGUGCUGGGCGAGCAGCCGUCCGACAAGAUCUUUCGAUUCACCUACACCUUGGGGGAAGGUAUGUGGCUACCACUGAGCAAGAGCUUCGUCAUCCCACCAGCUGAGCUGGCCAUCAACCCCUCAGCCAAGUGCAAGACUGAUAUGACAGUGAUGGAGGAUGCAGUGGAGGUCAGGGAAGAGCUGAUGACCUCCUCCUCCUUCGACAGCCUGGAGGUCCUCCUUGAUUCCUUUGGCCCUGUGCGUGACUGCUCCCGGGACAAUGGGGGCUGCAGCAAGAACUUCCGCUGCAUCGCGGACCGCAAGCUGGACUCAACAGGCUGUGUGUGCCCAACAGGACUAAGUCCCAUGAAGGAUGGCACGGGCUGCUAUGACCGUCACAUCGGUGUGGACUGCUCAGAUGGCUUCAAUGGGGGCUGUGAGCAGCUGUGCCUGCAGCAGAUGGUCCCCUUGCCUGAGGAGCCUCUGCUCUACAACAUCCUCAUGUUCUGUGGGUGCAUCGAGGACUACAAGCUGGGCACAGAUGGGCGCUCAUGCCAGCUCAUCUCUGAAUCGUGCCCCGAGGCAGGGGACUGCGGCGAGCCCCGCGAGCUGCCCAUGAACCAGACACUCUUUGGGGAGCUCUUCUAUGGCUACAACAACCACUCCAGGGAGGUGGCCACAGGGCAGGUGCUAAAAGGAACGUUCAGGCAGAACAACUUUGCCCGAGGCCUGGAGCAGCAGCUGCCAGAUGGGCUGGUGGUGGCCACAGUGCCCCUGGAGAACCAGUGCCAGGAGGAACUUUCUGACCCCAUGCCUGACCCUGAGUUUCUCACAGGGAUGGUGAACUUCAGUGAGGUGUCUGGGUACCCCCUCUUGCAGCACUGGAAGGUGCAGUCUGUCAUGUACCACGUCCGGCUCAACCAGCUGACCAUCUCCCAGUCCUUCAGCAAUGCACUCCACUCUCUGGAUGGGGCCACUUCCCGUGGAGAUUUCGUGGCGCUGCUGGACCAGUUUGGCAACCACUACAUCCAGGAGGCAGUGUAUGGCUUUGAGGAGUCUUGCUCCAUCUGGUAUCCCAACAGGCAGGUCCAGCGGCAGCUCUGGCUGGAGUAUGAGGACAUCAGCAAAGGCAACUCCCCCUCGGACGAGUCGGAGGAGCGGGAGCGGGACCCCAAGGUGCUCACCUUCCCCGAGUACAUCGCCAGCCUCUCCGAGUCGGGCGCCAAGCGCGUGGCGGCUGGCGUGCGGAUGGAGUGCCAGAGCCGCGGGCGCUGCCCCUCCUCCUGCCCCCUCUGCCACCUCGCCUCUGCUCCCGACGUGCCAGCCGAGCCCAUCCUGCUGGAGGUCACCAAAGCCGCUCCCAUCUACGAGCUGGUCACCAACAACCAGACCCAGCGCCUGCUGCAGGAGGCCACCAUGAGCUCGCUGUGGUGCUCGGGCAGUGGGGACGUCAUUGAGGACUGGUGCCGCUGUGACUCGAGUGCCUUUGGGGCGGAUGGGCUGCCCACCUGCGCGCCUCUCCCGCACCCCAUCCUACGACUCUCCACCGUUCAUGAACCCAGCAGCACGCUGGUGGUGCUGGAGUGGGGGCACUCGGAGCCCCCCAUCGGGGUGCAGAUUGUCGACUACCUCCUCCGACAAGAGAAAGUCACCGACAGAAUGGACCACUCCAAGGUGGAGACAGAGACAGUGCUGAGCUUCGUGGAUGACAUCAUCUCUGGGGCCAAGUCACCCUGUGCCAUGCCGGCCCAAGUGCCUGACAGGCUCUCCUCCACCAUCUCCCUCAUCAUUCGCUGCCUGGAGCCUGACACCACCUACAUGUUCACGCUCUGGGGAGUUGAUAACACAGGAAGACACUCCAGGUCCAGUGAUGUGACUGUCAAGACCCCCUGUCCUGUGGUAGAUGACGUGAAAGCUCAAGAAAUAGCAGACAAGAUCUACAACCUCUUCAAUGGCUACACCAGUGGCAAGGAGCAGCAGACAGCCUACAACACUCUGCUGGACCUGGGUUCCCCCAGCCUGCACCGAGUCCUUUACCACUACAACCAGCACUACGAGAGCUUCGGGGAGUUCACCUGGCGCUGUGAGGAUGAGCUGGGGCCCAGGAAGGCUGGCCUCAUCCUCUCUCAGCUGGGGGACCUCAGCAGCUGGUGCAACGGCCUCCUGCAAGAGCCCAAGAUCAGCCUGCAGCGCUCGUCCCUCAAGUACCUCGCCUGCCGCUACAGCGAGAUCAAGCCCUAUGGGCUCGACUGGUUGGAGCUCAGCCGGGACCUCAAGAAGACGUGCGAGGAGCAGACGCUGAGUGUCCUUUACAAUGACUAUGGGGACAAGGACUACUGAGGGCUGCCCUCAGGCUGGCCUUCCCCUGGGCACUUGCGAGGGUUUUAUACGUGGACCCGUGGAGUGGGGGAGGCUGUGGCUGAUGUCUCUGGAGACAAACGUUUGGACCGGGGAGUGCAAGUGGCUGCUCUGCGCAGGACUGACUCAGUAUUAGUUUCUUCUUUGACUUGGCCAAAAGCCUUUCUAGUUAGAAGUCUUGUGGGACCCAGUUUUCUUGGUUUUUGUUUUACUCAUUUUGCCAAGAGGUUCCUCAGCGCUGGUGGAGAGGGCAGACUGGGAGGGCACAGCCCUCUCCUCCUGCCCCGUCGCUGCCCUGGCUGCGGGGACCAUCCCUGAGGGUGGAGGACACUGGUCACGGGAGAAAGACUGUGGCACAGCCGAGACUGGAGAGCAGGCAGUGCAGGGCUGGGAAGAAGGAGGCAGGGCUUAUGGGUCAGGCUGAGCUGCCAGUGGUCAUGGCUGAGCGAAGCAGCCACUGGGUGGCCAGGAGGGUUGAGCUCGUUUCUGUUUUGCAGCUGGAUGAGGCUUGGUGUCGUUGCAGGGCCCGGCUGGCAUGGUGUCACCACCUGGGGCGAGGAGACAGGGACACGGGUGAGCCCAUCUUCUCAGGUUCUUCUGUCACAGUCAAAGCAAGAUGCAGAGCCCUCCAUAGCAAAGACAGCUUGGCCUGGGGGCUAGUGGUCAGCUGGACAUCCUUAGCUUCCUUUGCAAGGGAUGCCAGCCCUAGGAGGCCAACUUCAAACUCCUUUCCAUCCUUCUUCACUUCACCCACCACGAUAAAAGCUUUGGAGUAACAUCAAACUACUGCUGAGGAGAGCCCCAACCAAGAGAGCAGCACCCAGACUGUGGCUGUCUUCUACAAGGCUGGUUUUGGCACCAGCCAACAGGUAGCUCUGGUGUAGCCCAAGGCCCUGCAUGACGAGGGGAGCAGGAUGUAGCAAAGCCUGCCACGAUGGGACAGGAUGGUCCUGGAGGUCCUGUUCCCAGAGAGGGCUUCAUGACGUGGUGUAGCAGACAGGCUUCUGGGCCCAUUGCUUGCUCAGGCUCACACCUGCUGCUCCCACCAGUGACUUCUUUCUUUAACCCAGAGGACUGGAGUGGCUCUGGGACACUGGGCUUGGCUCAGCACAAACUCUUCCCCUCUUACCACUGUGUUGGAGGCAGCAAACGGCUUCCUUUGAGCUUCAGCUUCCAACCUGCUCUGCAGAGGAGGUAUUUCUGGACCUUCCAGCUGUGCACCUUUGAUCUAGACCAGGAGCCCUACAGAUGGAUUUGGUUUUGCAAUGGCUCUUCAGAGAGAAAUUUCCUCUUAAUAUUUUCAGUCUUGGCAGGAGCAAUCUUCAGCCUGUCUCUUAUGAUUUUCUGUCUCAUUCCUCCUCCUCCCAGCCAAGGACAUGGCUCCAAUGUUUGCAUGGUGCUGAGAAGGUGCUGAGAUUUUCUGUCUCAUUCCUCCUCCUCCCUGCCAAGGACAUGGCUCCAACGUUUGCCUGGUGCUGAGAGGGAGGUGACUGAGCUCUGCGGCCAGUCCUGGCCGACAGUGCUGCCGUACCCUAUUUGCUCAACAGCAGUUCAGCAUCUUCCUGCAGGACCACGGAGUGCUUUGCUCUUCCCUUCUGGUGGGCAGAGCUCUCCUCCAGAAGCAGCUGGUCUGGAUCAAGGAGCUGCUGGGAGCAGCCUGUAGCAGUCAGCAUUACCUUGGUGUCCCUGUGUCUUAUAUGUAAUGGAUGUGUCUAGCAGGGGUCAUCAGGCAGAUGCCUGCUCUUUGUAAGGAGGAAGUCUGCUGGAUUCUUUUGACCUUCCCCCACAUGUUUCUCCUUAUGUUUUGAUGUGCCUGAUGCUGCUGAGGGCUUGGGGCUGGGAGCAAGACCAUUGCCAUCUCCAUGCAGAGUUAUGGGUGGGCAAGUGAGCUGUUGCUCCUUUUCCUUUCAGCCACCGGCAGUCUCGGCCAAGACCCUUUGGUUUACCCUCCUGCUUUUCCCAGGGGACACUGAGACAACUUUUACCUUCCUCCUGGAUGGGCAAAGGGCACCCCCCACUCUGUGCCUCAGAGGGGUGCUUGAAGAAGGGCUGCUCUGGCCCAGACACAAGCUGGUUGCUCACCAAGAAGUACCACUUAGGUGGCCCUUAGCUGAAGCGCAGACUGUUCUCCCUUGGGUAGCAGACUCCUCUCUUCCAUUGCUUGCCAGGUGCCACAGCAGGAGCUGGGGCCAGGAGAACCCUGGACACCCCACAUGGUCACACCUGCCUGCCUAGGUUACUUCUUCAUCCAGCCCCAAGGUUUGUGCUGGAGUUCUGCAGCCGUUUCUGUUCUGCUUCUGCACUUUGUGUUGCAAAGUCCUUGUGUGGCCAACCAAAACCCCGCAGCGGGGCUGGUCUCUGCUCCUUUGGCUCUGGCUUCCCUGUGAGCUGGGGGAUGGACCACUCAGAGAGCAAGGGGACAGCCACAUGUCCACAGCAUCACUGUUGCACUGUUGGAUGGACCUUGGCAUACCUGUACCAAGAUGGACCACACAGUCUACUGGUGGCACUGUGGCCAACCUUGGUGGCCACUGUGAUGUUGCCACCCGCCCUGUGCCAGCAGGUCCCGAUGCUGUGGUACAUCUGUGGGACCAUGUUUACAGUGGCCCUGGAUUUGGGAAGGCUUCCUUCUUGGUUUCCUUGCUCUGGCUUUGCAGCUCAGAAUUUUGCCCACAGUUGGAUUUUCUUGCCAAAAUCCUUCAACUUUCCAAACUUGCUGUAGGGGCCCAGAGCAGAGUGGGGGUUUGCACCACGGCUGAAGACCUGGCCUUGAAGAGGUGUAUUGUAUGGGGCUUGUUCACCCAAAGCAGCUGUGGGCAAGCCCCAAGGUGUGCCUUUCCCUGCAGAGAUGACACCAUCCAUGUCUUGUGUGGGAUCCUACUGUUGGGUCUGCACAGCACUUUCUCUCUUGGACUCCUGGUUCUUCCCACGCUGCUCAAGCACCCAAAAGCUGGGUGAGGACACCAUUUCCCAUCCAUUUCUGCAACCUUCCUUGCCCUCCUGCCCUCUUUUCUUAGAAUGGUAGGGUUGGAAGGGACCUCUGGAGAUCUAGUCCAGCAUCCCUGCUAACUCAGGUACACCUAGCUCACAUUGCACAGGAACAGGACCUGGUAGGUUUUGAGAGUCUCCAGAGGAGACUGGAUAACCUUUCUGGGCAGCCUGUUCCAGUGCUCAGUCACCCUCAAAGUAGUUUCUUCUGAAGUUCAAGUAACACCUCCUGUGUUCUGCUAUGUACCUUACUGCCCUUUGUCUUAUCACUGGCCAUCAAUGGCAAGAUCCCAGCCCCAUCCUCCCAACCUCUCUCCUUUAGCUAUUUACAUGCAUUUAUAAUAUCUCAUCUCAGUCUUCUCUUUUCCAGGCUGAAGAGCCCCACUCUCUGCUUGUAAGAUGCUCCAAUCCCCUCAUCAUUCUCAUGGCCCUCUGUUGGACUGUCCCUCUUGAACUGGAGAGCCUGGAACUGGACUCAGUACUCCAGGUGCAGCCUCAUCAGGGCUGGGCAGAGCAGGAGGAGAACCUGCUGCUUCUUUUAUUUCUGACCUAAUGGGCAAUCAUUCACCUGAGAUGAACCUCUGGGUUGUUCCCUUUUCUUUGCUGCCCUCCUCCCCACCCUGUAAUAGCAUUUCUGCCUUUUUCCUUGUGGUGGAGUUAUUUAACAUAUGAAGAUGGUUCAGUCCUUUUCUUUACAAAGAUGCCUACAGUUCCUGUUCCUUGGUGUUCUUCUAUUAAACCUCUGAUGUGAUGUUUUACUACUGUAGAUUGAAAGUAGGGUGCUUUAGGGAGGGGGGGGUGUGAAGAUGGCAAGAAACACAAACCCCUUCCUGGUGACUUUAAAAGCUUAAAGGGAAACGAAACGGUUUAUCAUCAUCAUCAUCAACAACAACAACAACAGCAGCAGCAACAACAAAAGUCUUUGUGCCACAGUGUCAAACUCCAGAUGAUAAUUCAACUGAGUAUUAAAAGGAGCUGUUAGUAA